AUUAUCAUUUUUCUCUCUUGGCGGCGGUCGUCACCUUCCUAUGUUCUAUAGUUUUCAUUCUAUCAAAAAUUUCAAUGAAUCAGUUGCCAUGGAAUUCAUGACAAGAUUCAUAAUGAAGUUUAUGACUAUGAUGGAUUAUAUAGAACUAAGGGUUUGUCUGAUAAAUCCGCCAAGCUUAAUGAUUUUAUCCUCCAAACAGGAGAAGUCGAUCCAACCAUACCUGCUAAACAUUCGAACUGGGUCGGAUCCUGAAGCCACAACUCAAAAGAUUGCAGCUUUUGCAAGACAGAGUGGAAAUGAUAAGAUGAGAUCAACACCUGCCCAAAAUGCUGGUUUUCGUUAUUCUGUGGGCAGGCUUGAUGACAUCACUGUCUUGGUUUCGUUUGUUAAGGAGAAUGCUCCAAGACCAUCAACAUUUGGAUACCGCUAAAGACAAUUCUUGAUCAGAAACACUCUAGGGUUUGGUGUAGAGACAUAAAUAAUUGGAUGAUUCUAAGAAGCUUAUAAAUGGCUGAGUGUGAAAGGGUUAUCAGAAAUGUAAUCUGGGUAGAGUUUCUAAACUGUAUUAGGAUUUCAUAUUAGAAGUAGUUUUUGUGUGUGUAUGAUUGAUGAAUGUAAUUGUAAAUCUUAAUGAAAUAAAAUAAAAGUUGAACGGUGCUUAU